AAUGCAAUUACGCGUGUCAUAAUCUGUUGUGUCGGAUGCUUUGUUGACUUGGAUUAUUUUAGGGCAUGCAACACAAGGUGUUUCUUAGAAUCCGAGGUUGGUGAACUGAUUACAUGAUAUAUUUAUUCUGGGGCAUAGAUUAUUUGUGAGGUGGUGGGUGUGCCCAACCCUGGGACGCUUCCAAAGGAGUUUCUUGGAACACUUGAAUGAUUAUCUCGUAGAGAUAGUAGACAGACGGGCAAACCACUUGAGUACACUUUUCCGCAUAUUGUGCUGCUCUACAAUGAUCACUCAAUUGAUGCGCAUCCAUCAGCUAAAUAGGAGGAGAUUUAGGCAGUAAUGUAACACUUUGUUUGCUAUUCAAUGCUCAUGCAGACUCUAUCUAUCUCGAGUACCGUAAAGCUAAACAUGCACAAACCAAUCAAAAAGUGAUGCUCAUAUUGGCACAAACAUAUGUGAUGACAAUUGGGCUUCUUCGAAAAGUUAGAGCAGUCUGCACCGCCCUAAAAUUAAAUACACGUCGUCGUUUAGUCGUUAUGUUCUCUCGAGUCGACAAAGGGCCGAUGGUAACAUUCAUAUGAGAAUUCGAGACUAAUUGGCAACUUAAAUAGUCACCUGAUUUGAAGGAGUUUCACGGAAAAACGAUUAUAAUUAUUCCAUUCAUAUUUCGACCCGGUUAAACCAUGCACAGCGGUUCGUACAUAAGUGGGUGCUAAUUUCAGUUCUCGCACGUAUUUCCCAUGAACCUCUCUAGGAAGCAAUCAUUGGAGAAAUGUCAGAUGCUGUGUGCUGUGCAUGAAAACGGCACGUCUUAUGCAGUCACUUCAAUUUCUAUUAUUGCACGGUGAUAGCAAGCGGUGACUAAUAAACGAUUGACGUUUUUUAGGCUGUUAUUAUUGUUUGUUUGUUGUGUGAUCUCUCGUCAGUCAGCUCAGCCUUCCGUUUCACCACCACCACCACCGCCACCCAGGUUUAUUAUCUGUUUGGUUUGGUUUGCCCAUUGACGAGGUGAUCUCAACAAUUGAUGUCUGAAUACGUUGAAUGUGUUUGUGCACCAUCACGUAACAGACUUAUGUAGGAUAAAUUUGAAUAUGGGAAAUUGGAGUUCGUUCGUGGUUAGCAAAAGUAAAUAUCCAUCUAGCAUAACACUAGCGCCUCAUGAAUGUAUAAUGACUUCAUUUCAUGGAAUCCUACGACCCUCAGCUUUUCCCAGUAACUCCUCUCGCCCAAAAUAGUCGUUAGCACAACUAGACCUUACUUUCUAGCACACUCUCGCAUAAAAGCGUCGACGCAAAGAUCGGUGCAUACGUCAGUAGUGAAUAGGCGACUGAUCAAGCUGCACAUUAUGUAGGUGCUACUUAUUUACUGGUUAAAUACAAAUGCUUCUAAUGCCAUAAUAAACCAACACUACUUUUCUGCAUAACGCUCCCAAUUACGACUCUUUCAGUAGAUUUUUUCUGGGGUUGAUGAAAAGGCGACAAGUUUCUGCGAGAGAGAAAGAGGUGGCUGCUGACGAGCAAAAAUGGAAUGGGAGGUGCUUGACAAUCUCAAUACCGACACGAUACCUCCAUUGUCCGACAUCGUCUUGGACGCUCGGGUCCUGGAGGAAAAGUUGCAGGAGAUUGUGUACAACUUAACCCCGUCGCCCACACGGACCCAACUUCGACAAACGGAGAGAGACCGUGAAAUCCUGGAGCAGUUUCAUCUCCUCGGCACGACGGGGCACAAUGAUUUUGGAUCAGAAAUUAAGUGGUCAACCCCUUUGAAUGCAGUCACUUUGGUCGACAAGGCAGAGGAAUGCAUGCAUCUCCUCGAGACGCUCGUCGGUCGCGUGGUCAACGAAGAGCUUCAAGUGUAUCGAAGGCAAGCUCAACUUUCUCCACCACCGCCGACAAAGUCUCUCGACGUCAUCCAAACCCUGUGCGAAAUGACACUCGAUUUGAUGCAGGGACUUCAGCGCAUUUUCAACCGUCUGCAGGACAAUAUUCACCAAAAUCACAACGUACAAAUUCCUGUGAACACUCUCGUCCGGCUUCGAGCUUUGCUAACUUCACUGUUUGAGCGCAUCUUGGGCGAAACUCUCGUUGUAGAGACACAGCCCCCACAGGUCGUCAAAGUCAAUACCAAGUUCCCAAAUCCGAUACGUCUCCGAUGGUUGGUGGGUGCGAAGGUGAUGUCCGUUUGGAACGGUCGGCUGGUGGAAGGCUCUCCCGUGAGUGCGGAUGUCGUAAAUGAACCACAGGCGCAGGCGCUGAUCAAGUCCACACCCAAAGCAGUCUUGAAUAGUGGAAAUUUUCGCCCUUGCGGUAUCCUCUCGUCUGAUAGGUCUGAGCAAAUAUCCAAACCCGAAUUUGUUUCUUCGGAGGACGGGCAACUCGCCCUCUGCGUCGUCCACUUCCGUCACAUGCAGUUGAAGAAGAUUGACCGCGAGUACAAGAAGGUCAAAGGUGGUCACCAGCCCAGUGCCACCUCGCAGGGGAGUGGUGGGCGAAAUCGCGUAGCAAGUGGGCCCAACCCACCUGCCCUCGUCAACACGGCCUGGUUUCCCACCGUGACGGAUGAGAAAUUCUGCAUAUUUUUCCACAUGCAGAUCGACGUUGGUGAGAACCGUCUCUUGAUAUUCACAUUUUCCCAUCCGCUGGUGGCCACCACUCACGGGGUGCAAGAAGCUCAUGCCUGGGCCACCAUCAUUUGGGACAAUUAUUUCACUCUGAACAAACUCCCGUUCGAUGUACCGGACCGCGUUCCGUGGAGUAAACUCGCUGAAAUGCUCAACUCUAAAUUUAAGAAUGCAACUGGGGUUGGCUUGGAUGGGAGGCAAUUGGCCGUGCUCAGGGUAAAGUUGGCUCCCGAUUUGAGCGACAAGUCGGACUCGGAGACGAUGAUCACGUUUGCGAGAUUUGCCAAAGAGAACAUGUCCACCGCACCCCUCGUAUUUUGGGAAUGGUUCUACAGCUGUUUGAAGGUGACAGAGAGGCAUUUUGCGCGUCAUUGGCGAGACGGUUUGGUGUAUGGGUUCAUAGGUCGUCUGGAGGCGGAACAGAUGUUGAGGGGAUGGAAACCGGGCACUUUCUUGCUCCGUUUUUCCGACUCGAUGUUGGGAGGAAUUUCAAUUUGUUACGUCUCAGCCAACGGGACGCCGUUCAGCGUGAUGCCUUUCACCACAAAAAAUCUAACUUUUCGCAGCCUGUCCGACAGCUUGUACGACCUGGAUAAUCUCACCAUCUUGUACCCCACGACGCCAAAGGACUCUGCAUUCCCACCAAACCUGACCGUCAACCCAGCAAUCAACUACUCCAUCCUGAGUAAUGCUACUACCACUCUGGUAAGAUUUUGGCUCCCACUUUCUAAACGUGAUUAUUUGCAGAAGGGGUGCUCGCUCAACAACAAUCUCAUCAGUGUCCGUCGCCACCAAAGUCGAACAAGUCGAGUCCCACCAAGUCGUACGGUUCGUCUUCAGUGGUCAGCUCGCCCAUCUCUUCACGACCUUCCACAACCAGCAGCACGUCCAGCCCAACCACCCCUGCUUCCAUCUCCAUCAUGUCCCCCACUCGUGCUUUCACCCUGGCCGAAACAUCCACCAAGCCCAAGCCCACCUCUGACUACGUCGAGUCCUACCCGAAAAUCAGCCUACCUAGAUCACAUAUAUGACAAAGAUGACUAAUAGCACGAUUAGUCGUUACAGGCUCACAACCUGGUUCAUGUAACACAUACAUAUUUUUAAUUAUCAUUCUUCUUAUAUUUAUUCCUCGUUUCGUGACUACAUAUUCUCACUCUUAUAAUUUUUCGCCAAUUCUUUCACCCCUGCUAUUUUUAAUAACUACUAAACAUGUUACAUCAAAACAAAUAAACAUUAUUUUUUACUGA